CAUUGAAUCCCUCCUUCACCUUUGUCAAUUUCUGAGCUUGCGUUAGAACGCCUCGUUGUUUCCCAUGCUUUGAAAGAAGUUCAGAAGAGAGAGGGCACCUACAGAAGAGAAAAUCAUAGAAGCUUAAUCUUUUUGGAUUUCCCUGCAAGUCGAGUGGGACCCGCCAAAUUGACGGGGAAGAGCAGUGACCGCGAGCCAUCUGGAAUCGGAAAGGCUACGGCAGCGACUGUUACAAUCAGGCGCGCAACAUUGUUGCAGGGUGACUGCUCGAGCGCGAACAAGGGAACAACACAUCCAGCGAUGGUUUACAUGAGAGCAUUUUAUCAGACUUUUAUAUUAUUGUAAACGUAAACUUUUCUCAAAUUCGAAUUAAAUCCCGGGUGUUUAACAGGAAGGAAUACAAUAUAUUUUCUAAAAGGAUAAAGUAUGCCGGACCAAAUUACAGUGUCCGAGUUCAUGGCGGAGACAAAUGAAGAUUAUAAAGCGCCAACUGCAUCAAACUUCACCACCAGAAUGUCCCACUGUAGGAAUACCGUGACUGCUUUGGAGGAGGCGCUGGAUGUGGACCGCAGUGUGCUGUACAAGAUGAAGAAGUCAGUCAAGGCCAUCUACACCUCAGGUCUGGCCCAUGUGGAGAAUGAGGAGCACUACACCCAGGCCCUCGAGAAGUUUGGGGAGAACUGUGUCUACAGGGACGACCCCGACCUGGGCUCUGCCUUCCUGAAGUUCUCUGUCUUCACCAAGGAGCUCACCGCCCUCUUCAAAAACCUGUUCCAGAACAUGAACAACAUCAUCACCUUCCCUCUGGACAGCCUGCUGAAAGGAGACCUGAAAGGAGUCAAAGGGGACCUGAAAAAGCCUUUUGAUAAGGCCUGGAAAGACUACGAAACGAAAGUCACUAAGAUCGAGAAGGAGAAGAAAGAGCAUGCACGGCAGCACGGCAUGAUCCGCACUGAGAUCAGCGGGGCGGAGAUAGCAGAGGAGAUGGAGAAGGAGAGGAGGUUCUUCCAGCUGCAGAUGUGUGAGUAUCUUCUUAAAGUGAAUGAGAUCAAGAUCAAGAAAGGGGUGGACCUACUCCAGAAUCUCAUCAAAUAUUUCCAUGCACAGUGCAAUUUCUUUCAGGAUGGGCUGAAAGCAGUAGACAACCUCAAACCCUCCAUAGAGAAGCUAGCCACAGACUUACACACGAUAAAACAGGCCCAGGAUGAGGAGAGGAAGCAGCUCACUCAGCUACGGGACGUCCUCAAGUCAGCGCUGCAGGUGGAGCAGAAGGAGUCUAGGAGAGAGUCCCAGGUGAGACAGAGCGCAACCUACAGUUUGCACCAGCCUCAGGGCAACAAGGAGCAUGGUACCGAGCGCUGUGGGAACCUCUACAAGAAGAGUGACGGGUUAAGGAAAGUGUGGCAGAAGAGAAAGUGUUCAGUAAAGAACGGAUACCUUACCAUAUCACAUGGGACGACAAACCGACCGCCGGCAAAACUCAACCUCCUCACCUGCCAGGUGAAACACAACCCAGAGGAGAAGAAAAGCUUUGACCUCAUCUCACAUGACAGAACGUAUCACUUUCAGACCGAGGACGACCCAGAAUGUCAGAUAUGGAUCUCUGUGCUGCAGAACAGUAAGGAGGAAGCGUUGAAUAAUGCUUUUAAGGGAGACCAGCACGUUGGGGAGAACAACAUCGUCCAGGAGCUGACCAAGGCCAUCCUGGGAGAGGUCAAGAGGAUGACUGGCAACGAUGUCUGCUGUGACUGCAGAGCGCCUAACCCCACGUGGCUCUCCACUAACCUGGGCAUCCUGACGUGUAUAGAGUGUUCUGGGAUCCACAGGGAGUUGGGAGUUCACUACUCCAGGAUCCAGUCUCUCACGCUGGAUGUCCUCAGCACCUCUGAACUCUUGCUGGCCAAGAACGUGGGGAAUGCAGGCUUUAACGACAUCAUGGAGGCGUGUCUAUCUGCGGAAGAUGUGGUCAAACCCAACCCUGCCAGUGACAUGCAAGCCCGUAAGGACUUCAUCACAGCCAAGUACACAGAGAAGCGUUUCGCCAGAAGGAAGUGUCCAGACGGGGUGUCCAAGCUGCACACGCUCUGUGACGCAGUCAAGGCCCGGGACAUCUUCUCUCUGAUCCAGGUGUAUGCUGAAGGAGUGGACCUGAUGGAACCCAUCCCCCUGGCCAACGGACACGAACAAGGUGAAACGGCCCUUCACCUAGCGGUCAGAUUAGUGGACAGGACCUCGCUCCAUAUCGUCGACUUCCUCACUCAAAACAGCGUGAACCUGGACAAGCAGACAGCCAAAGGCAGUACAGCCCUACACUACUGCUGCCUGACUGACAACAUGGAGUGCCUCAAACUGCUCCUGCGCGGCAAAGCCUCCAUUGACAUAGCUAGUGAGUCUGGGGAGACGCCGCUGGACAUCGCUAAGAGACUGAAGCACCUGCAGUGUGAGGAACUGCUGAACAUGGCGCUGGCGGGGAAGUUCAACGCCCAUGUGCACGUAGAGUACGAAUGGCGUCUGCACCAUGAAGACAUGGACGAGAGUGAUGAGGACCUGGAAGACAAGGUGAGGCCCAGCCCCCAUCGGAGAGAGGAGCGCCCUGCCAGCUGCUACACCCCUGGCUCCAACUCCCACCUCCAGCCCAGCCCGGCCUCCCUGGCACGGGACAAGCAGCGUGGUGGGUACAUGCCCAACCUAGUCACCAACGAGACCUAUGGUGCCAUCCUCAACGCCAGCCCUCCUGCGCCAGGUGGGCCCGCCACCACCUCUGCACCCCCUCUGCCCCCACGAAACAUAGUCCAGAUGCCAGGUCUGUGUGGGAUGGUCCAGUCAUCAAGGUCCUCUGGUUGGAAGCCUGGCUCAAUAGACCUGGGGGGCCGACAGAGGUCCUCCUCAGACCCCCCCAACAUGCACCUCCCGGUACCCCCCAUGCGGGUCACCUCAACCACUGGUCUUGCUCCUCCCCCCGUGGCCAAGACAGUGAGUGUGAUGGAGGCUAUGAACCAGCAGUCUAAACCAGGGACCGGACAUGGCCACAGCAGAGCCCCACCUCCCAAGUCUCCAUCUGGCAACGCCAAAAGCUUCAGCAAAGGACCGACUCGAACGGGGUCCAUCGAAAGACCAGCUAAGGAAGUGCCGGGAUGCCCCCAGAACUCGAUAGGUCAAUCGCUGCCUCCGGCCCCCAUGCCUAGGAAGACCUAUUCGAAGCAGAGGCCCAAGCGAGUAAAGGCCAUCUAUAACUGUCUGGCAGACAACCCAGACGAGCUGACCUUCUCUGAGGGGGAGGUGAUCGUGGUGGACGGGGAGGAGGACCAGGAGUGGUGGCUGGGCCACAUUGAAGGAGAACCAAUGAGGAGGGGGGCUUUCCCCGUCACAUUCAUACACUUCAUCAUGGACUAAAGGUCAAAGGUCAACACAGGCACUGAUCUGUGAAGGAAACCUCCACCUCCCCACAUCUGCUGGUUUGUGGGACGAAAUCAUCAUCAUCAUCAUCAAGCUUGUGCCUGCGCUAACACUACAGAAGAAUCAAGUGUCUCUGCCCAAUGCUUUAGCUGGACAGUCUGGGGGUUGCCAUGACAACAUACCCACCCUUCACUCCGGGAAUGUUACGUGACGUCAUAUCACUGCUCUUUAGACCAAGCCAGAAAAUGCUCAUGAGGAAACUGUUUAGACUUGUGACAUUUUAAAAAACAAUGAUUGUAGUGAGUGUUCACAACAUUAAGGGGAUUAUUGACUAAAUCAAGAUUCUGUUCGCUUGGUUUUCCUCUGUGUGAAUUGUACAGUAAGUUAUUUAAAAACAACUGAUAGAGGGGACUACACACAGUAAUGUGGAUCUUUAGGAUUUCUUUCACGUAUUGUUAAUGUGAAUAUAGUCAAUAUGCUUACUUUCCACCUCUUUGCAUGGUUAAAGGGUGAACAAUUUUUUUAACGCAUAAUUGCUUAGUAGUCAAAGACAUGUAAACUUUUUAGGACUUCCAAUGUGGGAGGAAAAACUUAAUUCAAAAUGGUGCUAACCCAGGAAUAUGCUAGGAGCCCUCACCUAGGGAUGAUCCACUGUCCCCAUCUCAAGACAGCCUGUAACGUGGUAACAACGGGGGGUUAACGUGGGACAGCCUGUAACGUGGUAACAACGGGGGGGUUAAUGUGGGACAGCCUGUAACGUGGUAACAACGGGGGGUUAAUGUGGGACAGCCUGUAACGUGGUAACAACGAGGGGUUGACGUGGGACAGCCUGUAACGUGGUAACAACGGGGGGUUGACGUGGGACAGCCUGUAACGUGGUAACAACGGGGGGUUGACGUGGGACAGCCUGUAACGUGGUAACAACGAGGGGUUGACGCGGGACAGCCUGUAACGUGGUAACAACGGGGGGUUGACGUGGGACAGCCUGUAACGUGGUAACAAUGGAGGGUUGACGUGGGACAGCCUGUAACGUGGUAACAACGGGGGGGUUGACGUGGGACAGCCUGUAACGUGGUAACAACGGGGGACAGCCUGUAACGUGGUAACAACGGGGGGUUGACGUGGGACAGCCUGUAACGUGGUAACAACGGGGGGUUCAUGUGGGACAGCCUGUAACGUGGUAACAACGGGGGGUUAAUGUGGGACAGCCUGUAACGUGGUAACAACGGGGGUUAAUGUGGGACAGCCUGUAACGUGGUAACAACGGGGGUUAAUGUGGGACAGCCUGUAACGUGGUAACAACGGGGGUUGACGUGGGACAGCCUGUAACGUGGUAACAACGGGGGGGUUAAUGUGGGACAGCCUGUAACGUGGUAACAACGGGGGGUUGACGUGGGACAGCCUGUAACGUGGUAACAACGAGGGGUUAAUGUGGGACAGCCUGUAACAUGGUAACAACGAGGGGUUGACGUGGGACAGCCUGUAACGUGGUAACAACGAGGGGUUAAUGUGGGACAGCCUGUAACGUGGUAACAACGGGGGGUUGACGUGGGACAGCCUGUAACGUGGUAACAACGAGGGGUUAAUGUGGGACAGCCUGUAACAUGGUAACAACGAGGGGUUGACGUGGGACAGCCUGUAACGUGGUAACAACGAGGGGUUAAUGUGGGACAGCCUGUAACGUGGUAACAACGAGGGGUUGACGUGGGACAGCCUGUAACGUGGUAAUUAUGGGUUUAUGGGAGUAUAUGUAAACCUCCAUUGAUCACACCUAGGAGAACCCAGGCUCACUACCCUGUGUGUGUGUGUGUGUGUGUGUGUGCGUGCGCGCAUCAGCUUGAAACCAUAUCAGUUACUUACAGCACAUUGUCUUAAUGUCGAUGGUCUACAGUGUGAUGCCAUUAUAAACUGGAUGGUUCGAGCCCUGAAUGCUGAUUGGCUGACGGCCGUGUUAUAUCAGACUGUAUACCACGGGUAUGACAAAAGUUAUUUUUACUGCUCUAAUUACGUUGGUAACCAGUUUAUAACAGCAAUAAGGCACCUCGGGGGUUUGUGGUAUGUGGCCAAUAUACCACGGCUAAGGGCUGUAUCCAGGCACUCCGUGUUGCGUCGUGCUUAAGAACAGCCCUUAGCCGUGUUAUAUCGGCCAUAUACCACACCCCCCCGGGCCUUAUUGCUUAGUUAUAAAUGGAUAACUAUCUCAGCUGCAUAGAUCACACUUAAGUUGUGAACCUCCAUCACUCUGUGGCUAAUCUUUGGGUUGAGCCCUCAGGCCUUCACACUCUACUUUUUGUUGUUUGCUGCAGUAGAGCAGGAAAUGUCUGUCCUCUCUGGCUUCUGUGGAGGGUGGGCAGUGUAGCGCAGCAGGAGAGGUGAGUUAAGGGGGACAGAAGUGUGUGUGAAAGCCAGUGGUCCGGUUUCUGUUUGAUCUCUGACAGAGACAGCAGAGGGGUUUAUGAAGCUCAUGGGGUGAUGGCUCCUGAUGUCCUGUGCCUUGUAUCUGUCAUGGACAGCAGGCUACCAAAUGGCUCUCACACAGAGGUAGAUGUGGUCGACACACACAGUUGUCAUUGUACUAAAAACAACUUGUCCUGUGAUGAGGUGCCAUUGUAAGGGGUUAAGGACAAUGCAGCUACUUUUUACACACACUCUCUCACACACACACACCUACUAUAGUAUUAAAUCUGUUUCAUAGUGCUCAGCACUAGAUUGUACCAUAUUAUACAACUUGAUUACUAGCUAGGACCACAGUAGUUGCAUACUACCCAUGUUUUAUAUACAUACUAGUUCCUGUACUGAACAGACAUGUUUUAUUUUAUUUAAUAUUCCUACAUUUUAUGUUGUCUGGUUUUGGUUGCAGAGCAACUCUCUGUACAUGUUUUGACAUUUAAUCUUAAAUGGGACAUACAGUUCCCUCGAUUGUGAAUAAUCUUCGAUAGGCGACAACAAGAGGUGUCGCAUGUGAAAAUGUACAUGACAAGCCUCCCCAUAUUAACUCACUGGAAAUAGAAUGGCUCAUCUGUUAAUGUACAUAGAUUGUUUGUUGAAAUUUAAAUAUAGAAGAAGAGUUAAUAACCUUGGCAGUGACUGUCUCUUAAUCAGGGCUGGGGUCAAUUUCAAUUGAAAGCAGUCAAUUCAGGAAGUGAUUUUAAUUUAUAAUAAGACAAUAUAAAAUGUUUGAAAUAGCUUUUAUUCCUCAUUUUAUUGAGGAGUCAUUGACAAUAGAAGCAGUUUUUUUCUAAAGAUUUUUUGUUGUUAUUUAAGUUAACUUCAAUUCAAAUUUACCUCAGCCCUGCUCUUAAUGCACUGUGGUAAAGUGUGGUUGCCAUAUUGUGUUCUAGCUGGUGUUCAGUGUGUAUGUAGACUAGCAGAGAAUCUAUUCCAUUCACGCUCAUUGACUGUGGAUCAGUGCAUUGACUCUAACCUAUUCUGCAAAAUAAAUGGAAAACUGAUACUGGAAUAAUAAAAUCAUUCCUGUUUUUCCCCUCUA